AAAGUUAAGACGUUCUCUGGCGACAUUAUUGGUUAAUGUGCUACUAACAUUUAUAAUAAUCGUUCAAAUUAAAUAAUUUUUCCAUCGAAAAAAUGAAGUCAUUGUGUACGCUGUUUGUGGUACUCUUUCUGACUGAAUAUUCUGUAUUUCAAUGUGAAGCAGUUGGGGAAUAUGCUGAAAUGUACCGGCCACAACUACAUUACAGCCCACCCAAGGGAUGGUUAAACGAUCCAAACGGUUUAAUUUAUGAAAACGGCUUAUUUCAUCUCUUCUACCAAUGUCAUCCGAACGACACAAAUGUCAUAAGGGAACAACAUUGGUGCCAUGCAAUAUCUUCUGAUUUGGUUCAUUGGAAAACACUCCCCACUGCGCUCUAUCCUCCAAAUAAAGGAUUUGCUAUGUUCUCUGGUGGCGCAGUCUUCGAUCACAAUAAUAUUACUGGGCUGCAAACUAACUCUAAUACACCGACACUACUCUUGAUGCCUGCUGCAGCUGAAUGGUCGUCUCGCGAGCAAAAUAUAUGGUUGGCUUACAGCAAUGAUGGUCCUGAAUACGCUACAUUUAAAUACUAUAAGAAUAAUCCAAUCAUUGCUGGUCCACCAAAUUCCGAAAUAGUAACAGCUUUCAGAGACCCGAUAUUUUUUCAGCACAAAGAUUAUUAUGUUGCAAUAGUAGCUUCAUAUAAUCGCACCAAGUUCUAUAAUUCGCGUAAUUUAUUGAACUGGGAGUUUGUGAGUGAAUUCGGAGAAUUCGAUGGAUCACAUACAGGAAGAUGGGAAUGUCCGUCACUGUUUCCAUUUAAUGUCACCAUUAAUGGAAAACAAGUUGAAAAAUACGUGAUGAUAAUUACUAUAACCGACUAUCAAAAUCCUGUGCACCAAUACUUCAUUGGCUCCUACGAUGGCAAGAAAUUUACAAAUGAAAACUCAAGAGACACAAUAUUAUGGCUGGAUCAUGGACCGGAUAGCAUGGCUGGCAUCACAUACAAUGCCUUGCCAGAUGGCCGUCGUAUUUUAAUCAGUUGGAUGGGCCGAUGGGAAUUUGCUGGAAAUUUGAAUUUCAACGCUUGGAACGGACAAAUGGGCAUUCCUAGAGAAUUGAACUUGAUAAAAGUUGGUGGUAGAAUUCGACUCACAUCCCAACCAAUUCGUGAAAUGGAAUCUUUGAGAAUCAAUCCAGUUCGCAAGCAGAACAUUAAUAUCACGAAUGAUUACACAUAUAAAAUUGCUGAUGCUGAAAAAAAGAAUCAUUUGGCUGACAUUGAAAUGACGUUGGAUGUGAAACAGCUUAAAACAGGCGACUCAUUUGAUAUUGUGUUUUCGGGGAAAAAAGAUCAAUUGAAAAUUUCUUUCAAAGGAAAUGAAUUCAUUUUGGAUCGAUCGCGUGCAGGGAAAAUCAUUCCAAAUUUCAUAGAUACAUCAUUGGAGAAGGGCAAUCUUGAUAAUCCAAAUGACGAGUUGUCGGUACCGAAAUUAACUUUCAAAGAUCUUUGCAACGCCCCCAGACUGAUCAAUAGUUCUAAUUUGAAAUUGAGAAUUAUUAUCGACACUAACGCAUUUGAAAUGUUUGCCGACGAUGGACUGACAUGUAUGAAUGCCCUUUUCUAUUCCGAAUAUGGCAUUGCAUCCAAAAUGACCAUUCAAGUUCAAUCACCAUCGAAAAAGUCUAAAAUUCAAUUGAAAGAAUUGAAUGUGUAUGAAAUGAAAAGUAUUUGGCAGAAGGACGCAAGUUCUUCGAGAACUGGUAAAAAGAGAGCUGACCCUUCACCUAAAAAUAAGGGGAAAAAGAGCAAAUACUAACAGUCAACAACACUUUUACAGUGAUAAGAUCUCAUCAUGGCAUUUCAUUUACUUCAUUUGCUAGUUCAUUCAAUUAAUGUCAAAGCCAAAACCGAAUACGGUCAGAAUUAAAUAAAUAUUCCUGAUGUCAUUGAACUAGCAAUUGAACCAAUGACACAUUGAUGGAUUUUAAAAAUACACAUUCAAUGAUACAAUCAUCACGUAUAAGUAAACUAUCUCUAUGCGUAAUAAAUAACAAUUCAGUUCAAUUAA